AUAAAAUUGUGCUUAUUAGAUAGUAUUACCAUGAUAUGAAGUAUCAAUUACUUCUUUAUUAAUAUCAGCAAAUGCAAAUUGUUUUUGUUGGUGCCAAUAAAAUUCUUUGUUGGUACUAAGAUAAACCAUCAAAGUAUGUAGAGUGAAUUCAUCACUCAUGUCAUUGUGUGCACAUUUUUUAUUUAUUUUUUCUUUCUUUUUAAGGUUGAGUGUUGACAUGCUUAUUGUACCGAGGACUGCCUGUAGCUCACCAGCGUCUAUGCGUUUAGCUGCCUCGCGGUGUCCAACUGAUUGACCGAAAUGUACCAAAAACAAACCAGAAAGGCUCAAAGGCGCAAAGCCUGAGAGAAUACGCAAACACUAAACAGCCUCAAGUAUUUCAAACUUAUUGCUUCUUCCUUGCUAGUGCGAUUACAGACCUUGCCACUGUACCGGAAAACGAUAUGAUUUCAUAUUCAUAAGCUUCGCUUCACUUCACUUCGCCGGAAUUUCCACUCUCAUUUCUCUCUCUUCAAUUCCUCUCUUUCUCUCUCUUAGGGUUCCAGUUCCAUUAUCUCUCCUCUCCGCUCCACUCGGAGCUUCUUCUUCAUCUUCAAUGGCGUCUUCUCAGGUAGGAAUUUUGAUUCCGUUGAAUAAGAGCUUGGAGAAGGAGAAAUCGUUGCCGGAAUUGCCGGUUUCUGAAGGUGAUAAUGUGAUCGGGCGUAGUAAUGUUCCGGUGACUGAUAAAAGACUUAGUCGCAAGCACCUCAUUUUGUCUGCUUCUUUUGAUGGCUCUGCUAAUUUGGUUGUGGAAGGAAUGAAUCCUGUGGUGGUUAAUUCUGGCGGUCAGAGGAAGGUUUUGAAUUCUGGAGAAAAAGCUUCUGUUAAUUGUGGUGAUAUCUUAGAAUUGAUACCAGGGAGUUAUUGUUUUAAGUAUGUAGCCUUAAGUAACAAGAGAAACACUGAUGCUGUUAGCAAAGGGAGUAAAGGUUCUAGGGAACGGAUAAAUCUCGGAGAUGGUAGGAAGAGAGCACGAGAAGACUUGAACUUUGGAGCUUCUACGGGACACUUGACGCUUCAGCACGGGAUCGGAAGAAACGUAAAAGAAAAUAUUGAUAAUGUAAGUGUUGAAUCUAAAAGGCAGAAUCAUAUAGUGUCCAGGAAUACUGAGGAGGCGCUACGUGAUUUUCAUGUGUCUAAUGAUAGUCUGCCUUCAACAUUUCGCCUUAUGAAAGUGCAAGGGCUACCAGAAUGGGCGAACACCUCUUGUGUUUCUAUUGACAAUGUGAUUGAGGGAGAUGUGAUUGUUGCUGUACUUUCAAAUUACAUGGUGGACAUAGACUGGCUGUUAUCGGCAUGCCCAAUGCUUAGAAAAGUUCCUCAGGUGCUGAUUGUACAUGGAGAAGGUGACGGUACCGUUGAAUACAUGAAGAGGAACAAGCCUAGCGAUUGGAUUUUGCAUAAACCAACAUUACCUAUCUCAUAUGGGACGCACCAUUCAAAGGCUAUGCUGCUUGUAUAUCCUCAGGGUCUGAGGGUCAUUGUGCAUUCGGCAAACUUGAUUCAUGUUGAUUGGAACAAUAAAAGUCAAGGCUUGUGGAUGCAAGACUUCCCAUGGAAAGACCAGAAUGCGACAAGCAAGGGGUGUCCUUUUGAAAGUGAUCUUAUUGAUUAUUUACAGGCUCUAAAGUUGCCAGAAUUUACUGCCAGUUUGCCAGCCCUUGGUAGAGUGAAAAUAAAUGCUUCCUUCUUUAAGAAGUUCAAUUAUGAAAAUGCAGCGGUCAGAUUAAUUGCAUCAGUUCCAGGAUAUCAUUCCGGAUCCAGUCUAAAGAAGUGGGGUCAUAUGAAACUACGCUCUAUCCUAGAGCAAUGCACUUUUGAUGACGAAUUUAAGAAAUCACCUUUAAUUUAUCAGUUUUCCUCUCUUGGUUCGCUGGAUGAGAAGUGGAUGACUGAGCUAAGAACUUCAAUGUCAUCUGGAUUGUCAGCUGAUGCAUCCCCCCUAGGUUUGGGCGAACCACUGAUCAUAUGGCCUACUGUGGAAGAUGUCAGAUGGUCACUUGAGGGGUAUGCAGCUGGAAAUGCAAUCCCGAGUCCACUUAAAAAUGUGGAAAAAGAAUUUUUGAAGAAAUACUGGGCAAAGUGGAAGGCUACCCACACGGGUCGCUGCCGUGCAAUGCCCCAUAUAAAGACAUUUGUUCGUUAUAAUGGUCAAAAUCUCGCUUGGUUUUUAUUAACUUCAGCAAAUCUCAGUAAAGCUGCCUGGGGAGCCCUUCAAAAGAAUAGUUCUCAAUUGAUGGUCCGUUCCUAUGAGCUUGGCGUGCUGUUUUUGCCUACUGUUGCUAAAAAUGAUUUUGGAUUUUCUUGCUCAGAUGAUAGAAGCUCUCUAAAGGAUACAAGGGGACCAACAGGUGGCUGUGGAACUCGAAAGAUAAAACUGGUUACUCUGACUUGGCCCGGAAGAGAUAAUGAUGAUUCUGAUUCUGAAAUAGUUUCUCUUCCUGUGCCAUAUGAAGUUCCUCCAAAGCUGUACUCCUCUCAAGAUAUACCAUGGUCUUGGGACCGUGUAUACCGACAGAAGGAUGUAUAUGGUCAAGUUUGGCCUAGGCAGGUCAAGCUUUAUAGCUCUCAAGAUGCCUAAGUCAGCUCUUAUUACUAUAAAUUUAUAAAGUGGCAUCAGUGCUCUGACAUUGUGAAACUACUUCUGGAAGAUGAACUCACCAGGUUGGUUAGCAGGAGAAAAUGGUCCUGCAAUUGAUGUUGGUGGUCGAGGCAGAGGUACAGGUUGAGGUCGCGACGGAAAUACAUCUUCUGUCUGCCGUAAACUCGUCAUUUGCUGGCUUCUUCUUGUAUCUUUUACUGCUGACUUGUAGGUAUCAGACUUUUGGUGGUUAAGCUUGGUAUUAUGAUUAUGAAGAUAGUUACUUAUCACCGGAAGGCAAUUUUAAUCCAAUUGCAGUUGUAAUACUACUAUACUAGGUACAUUUUCUUCUUUGGAGAUGAGAAAAUGUUGAAAUGAAAAUCCGAGCUUGGUGAAAAUGAAAAUAUGCAUGGGAGAAUGAUAUAUCAAGUCAACUCAAGUCUGUGUCCACUGUCCGUUGUGCAAAUGUAAAUUUCGUUCCACUUUCAUAUUGAAGUAGCCUUUUUAUUUCUAAACGUGUGGGAAUCUGUUAGAGGUUAAUCUAGAAAAAUCUAGAUAUGGUAUGAAAAAUCUAGUGUGUAGAUUAUAAAAAUCUAGGAUGAAGUAGGAAAAUCAAGAGGUUUUGAAAUAUCUUGCAAAAUAUCUAAGAUGAGUGAUGUAGAAAAAUCUAGAUACAUGUAAUACGAGAUAAGUGUAGAAAAUUCUAGAAAGUAGAAAAACACCACUAUAAAUAUGUUUUGUGUGCAUGAGUAAGAAGUGAGCUAAUCAUGAGCUCCACCAAUGGUUGAUAGAAACUAAGGGUUCUAUCAAGAGAGUGAGAGACAUGAGCUCUCACAAACAUGUUUGUACAAUUUAUGAUGAAAUUUAUGAAAUCAUAAAAUUGUUAUAUGAUAUUCGGGUCCAUUAAACUUUCGCAUGUGCCCAAAUUUUAUCAUGGUAUCAGAGCCGAAUGUGAUUACGAAGAAUUUGAAGACUGAAGGACUGAGAUAUGAAAAAUCUCAAGAUUGACAUUGAAGAGGAUAUGGAGAAAGAAAAAAAAACAAGGGUAAGUUUUUGUGAAAAUUUAUGUUUUUGAAGAAAUAUCAAAAGAGAAAAUUUAAAUUAAAAACAUUUUGAUAGAAAAACUAAGAUUGAAGUACAUCUUGAUAAAUAUUAUUUGAGUUGCUAAUGACAAGAGCAUUAGUGGAGUGGUUGGUGACAUGAGCACCAACAAAGUAAAAUUGUUGGUAACAUGAGUACCAACAAAAAAGCUGAGAAAAUUACAAUUAGGGGGAGCAAGUUCAAGUUGGUAACACGGGUACCAACACAAAGCAUUGAAAAUCAACAAGAUGUGCUGAAGAAAUAAAUUUGGGAUAGUUGGUAACAUGGAUACCAACAUAAAAGAUCAACAAUAUAGAAUAUGAAGCAAAUCAAGAAAUGGUUGGUGACAUGAGCAUCAACGUGCAUAACAAGGAAAACUUCAAAAAAUCAAGUUUAGAGAUCAUUGAAGAAAGAAGCAUCAAUGGAGCUUUUUCAACAAAGAUUUUUCAAGAUCAAGGGGGAGUGUUAGAGGUUAAUCUAGAAAAAUCUAGAUGUGGUAUGAAAAAUCUAGUGUGUAGAUUAUAAAAAUCUAGAAUGAAGUAGGAAAAUCAAGAGAGGUUUUGAAAUAUCUUGCAAAAUAUCUAAGAUGAGUGAUGUAGAAAAAUCUAGAUACAUGUAAUAUGAGAUAAGUGUAGAAAAUUCUAGAAAGUGGAAAAACACCACUAUAAAUAUGUUUUGUGUGCAUGAGUAAGAAGUGAGCUAAUCAUGAGCUCCACCAAUGGUUGAUAGAAAUUAAGGGUUCUAUCAAGAGAGUGAGAGACAUGAGCUCUCACAAACAUGUUUGUACAAUUUAUGAUGAAAUUUAUGAAAUCAUAAAAUUGUUAUAUGA